AUGUAUUGUGAAGGAGAGGCUAAGUUGUUCAUUUUCGACAAGACAUCUAUCAGAGAGUUCGGUGAAUAUUCCGCCGAAGGGUUCUGCGAUCCGUACACCCAGACAAUUUCGGUCGACCUGAAUGCUCAACUGAUAACUAUUACAAAUUUGUAUGGAAUUUGCGUCUUGUCAACGGAUCGUUGUGCUUGCCAAUCCCUUGCUCUCCAUUCAUCAAACAUAUUUGAAAACAUUCCAAAAGGUCAUCCCUACUUUAGAAAUGUUACACUGAACAAUAUCAACAACCCAGUUAUUAAACUCGAGGACUGUGCUAUCUCGAUGUACUGUGAAGGGGACUACAAACUUUUGGUAUUUGACCCAAUUGUUGGACAGUGCACACUCUUUUGGUUCAUUAUCUGCUGAUGGAUUCUGCGAGGCUAGUACUCAGACUUGGUCAAUUGACGAUGGAAGUGGAAAACUCGUGACUAUCAAUCAAAUGAAUGGAGUUUGUGUAAAGAAUUCCAAAUGCCCCUGUGCUUCUUUGGAAAUAAGUUCUGGAAACUCUGAAUAUUACUUGGGCCAAGACAGUUUCUACCAAGAAUCCGUGAAAGACAAUGCUCAUUACCCGGUGCGCGAAACACUCUCCGCUGAUGGUUGUCAGUUAACACGAGGUUGUUACGAUGGAGAACCUAUUAUAUAUUGGUCACGCUCCGACGAUCCUGAGUUUACGCUACGGAUGGAACAUGGCUCCAUCAGCGAUGAGUCAAAGUGCGAUCCAAAAACAGGAACUUGGACGUUGAACGACGGUACCACUGUUCGAAAUGCCGAUCUAUUCGCGUCAACAUGUGUAAAUCGUGGUCAGUGCUGGGCUUGUGGGUUUAUUUUAAAUCCGGAAAUUGUAUUCGGUAACAUUCCACUCACUCAUCCUCUAUUCAAAACUUUAACACUAACAACUGUUAAAAGACCAAUUGGGCCACUGAAGGAUUGCGCUUUCUCAAUGUCCUGUGAAAGUGACUACAGCCUUAUGGUACUCGACCUAAAACAGGAUGGGGAUCAAAAAAGCUAUAAUUUCGGUUCAUCACCUGCUAUUGGUGUUUGUGACAGAAUUGCAAAUUAUUGGCCAGUUGACGAUGGAAAUGGCAAAACUGUGAAUAUUACUGUGAUGGACGGAGUCUGUUUGAAGAAUUCAAAAUGCCCGUGCCCGUCAUUGGAACUGAGCAGUUCAACUGCAAGAUAUUAUCUUAGACAGGACACACCCGUCCUACAGUACAAUACCACUCCAGCAAUCACAACACUAUCUGCCGAGGGAUGCCAGUACAUGCGUAGUUGUUCGGAUGGUGGAGAGCCUUUGACUUAUUACAUCCCAUACGAUGCAUCAAAUACUGCGCCGAACUAUGAGUUGCCGCGCCUUAUAGAAGGGUCUAUACCCGGGGGAUCAACUUGCAAUCCGGCAACAGGAGUAUGGACUCUGCGGGAAGGUUCUACUGUCAUUGAAACUGAGUUCUUUGCUCCAAUGUGCUUGUACCGUCACUUACCAAUUAGACCAAUUGGUUAACUUUUUUGUUGUGAUUUGAAU